UUUUUUUGUUUUUUACUAUUUGCUUUUUAGUUGUUCGAUUUUUUCGUUUUUUGCUGCAUAUUUACAUAUUAACACAUUUCCCAGAUUUAGAAUUAGCGCUAAACAAAGAGGGUCAGGCCCGCAUUAGGCUUCUUAAGAUAGAUAAAGACGCCAAUAAAGGUUUUAGUUUCAAAACACAUACCGGGAAAAUUGCGUUUGCGUGUUUCCACAUGCGGAAGUAACUUGGGGGACUAACUAAUUGUAAGCUGCAAGUAAGCUUGCGGGAGAACUUCCGCGGGAAUAAUCCCGCACUUCCUCAAAACGAAUACUGCGGGAUUGCGGGAGCGUUACCUCACAAAAACUUGCGCGGGAUCCCUCCCGCACCGAUCGCCAUUUCUAAACCUUCGCGUAUCUCUAUUAGGCUAUUUAACCAAAUUCAGUUUAUCAUUUUUAGAGCUUUUAAAUGUUGACUCAUAAAUUACGAAGGCGUGUUACUCGUUUUGGAGAACGUCCUCGAGACAUUCGUCAGGCUGGUUUUUUAUUGGAAGGAAAGCCUAUAACAUAUGAAGAUCUUCGAUUUGAGCGUGCAUUAGCUUACAAUCUUGACAUUUCAAAUGAAAUUGUUGUUGGAACACCAAAAGUAAUUGAACGCAACUCAUCUUCAUUGUCUUCAUAUUCUUCAUCUGAUCAAAAUAAAAAACUGCUUAAACGCCCUAGAAACAAAAAAUCAAAGAAGAAGGCGAAAAAUACUUGGGCAGAAGACGAAGCUGUUGCUAAAGAAUUGCAAAGAUUUAAUAAUGAGUUUGAUGAAAUUGAUGACUUUCAAUUGUUGACAGAGGAGGCACCGCGUGAUUUUUAUGUUAUUAAAAAACGAAAGAGGACAACUCCAAAGGAGCUGCAACAAAUUAAUGAACCAGUUGUUACAGCAGAGUCUUCUCUCUUCUUUUCUAAACAAGAAUCAACACAAUUUACUUUAAACAACACACCUCUUCCACCACAACAACAAGAAGAAGAAGAAAAUUUGUCAGCAAAUAUUUCUGUUGAAAAUGAAAUUGUGCCAGAAUCUCCAAUUCUAAACAAUUCACCAAUUUUUAAAGAUAUCCAAGAACAACAACAAUUUGCUUCAAUUUCUUUAAAAUCUCCAACAUUGUUGGAAGAAACUACUCUGAAGUCCAUUCCUCCACAAGUAUUUACUUUGGACUCAACUGAAUCUGUUGGAAUUGUACGAAAUGUUGAUGUUCAGUCAUUGUCUACUGCUAAAGAAUUAACUGAAGCUUCACAAAAUUUAACUGAUGAAAAGUCUUCAAUUAUUUACUCAUCAUCCAAUUUAUUGCCUCCAAAAAGAAUUUUUUCUUCAAUUUGUGAGGAAAAAGGAAAUGCUGUUGUUGAUGUUAUUCAACUGGAUAGUGCUUCGUCUAUUCAACAAAUUUCGUCAAAAAUUCAAACGCGAUCAAUGGCUAAAGAAUCUUCAAAAAUCUGUUCAUCAUCCAAUUUGUUGCCUAAACGAAUUUUUUCUUCUAUUUCUGGUAGUGUGCAAGACAAAGAUCAGGAAGUUAUUCAAUUAGAUUCUUUUAUUAAGCAGCAACCUUCAAGUAUCCAUCAAUCUCUUUCGACAGCUAAAGGUUUUUUCUUCUAA